UACACUGGCCUGGGAGAGCUCACCCCGCAUGGAGUUUGAGCUCGGACCGUGCGGUGGCAACCCUGGAGAUGUCGGAGAUCCAGAGCACAGACAGUGAGCCUGUCAGCGGGGACGUCGGAGACUACGAGAGCUUGCCACCUCAUGUCUCAGUGAUGACCCACAUGACAGCAGGAGCCGUGGCUGGCAUACUGGAGCACACGGUGAUGUACCCGGUGGACUCUGUCAAGACAAGGAUGCAGAGUCUGCAGCCGGACCCGAAUGCUCAGUACAAAGGCGUGUAUGAGGCUUUGAAAAGGAUUAUCCAGACUGAAGGGUUCUUCAGACCACUGAGGGGCCUCAACAUCACUGUGAUAGGGGCUGCUCCUGCUCAUGCGCUCUACUUUGCUUGCUAUGAACGGGUCAAACGCUCCCUAAGUGACGUCAUUCAGAAUGGAGGCAACAGCCAUCUAGCCAAUGGUAUGGCAGGUAGUGUGGCCACUGUUCUUCAUGAUGCAGUCAUGAACCCAGCUGAAGUGGUGAAGCAGAGGAUGCAAAUGUAUAAUUCGCCAUAUCGAGGAUUUUUGGACUGUGUUCGGACAGUGACACGUACUGAGGGGUUCGGGGCUUUCUACCGCAGCUACAGCACACAGCUGACCAUGAACAUCCCCUUCCAGGCUGUUCACUUCAUCACAUACGAGCUGAUGCAGGAACAGCUAAACCCCCACAGACAUUACCACCCUGGCAGCCACAUAGUGUCAGGAGCAGCAGCAGGGGCUGUUUCUGCAGCCGUGACCACUCCACUUGAUGUUUGUAAAACGCUGCUUAACACACAGGAAAACGUUGCACUCAACUCCGUGAACAUCAGCGGCCAUUUAUCAGGAAUGGCCAAUGCCUUCAGGACAGUGUACCGGCUCGGCGGCUUCGGAGCCUUCUUCAAAGGGAUCCAAGCUCGGGUUAUAUACCAGAUGCCCUCCACUGCCAUUGCCUGGUCAGUGUAUGAGUUCUUCAAGUACUUCCUUACCAAGCAGCAGAUGGAACAAGAGGCAAGAUCCAGCUCCCUGUAAUGGAAAGUGUGUCGGCAAAACCUUACCUGAUGAAUGAAGGCUCACUGUGUGCUGUUUGAGGAAAUAACAUCUGUCAUUAUCUCAAAGGGAAGUCACCAUGGUGGAAGUGCAGAAGAGAACGGCGCUCCUUAUUGUUCACUUAAGGAAAUCUCUGGUUUUUAAGUUAGGACGAUGUUACACAACCAGGAUAUGCAAAAGAAAUAACUAUUCAUAAAGGACAGAUACACGUAGAGCUGACUAGCUGUCUUUUUUCCUCCUGCACCCAACAAACACAUCAACCACAACUUUCUUUUCUACAUGUGGUGACCUUAUGAUUAAAUUGUCUUGAACGAUGUUUAUAGUUCUUAAUAUUGGAACUUUUUAUUUAUUUGUUUAGCUUUCUGAGGCUUGUAUUUUACGGAUGCGGAAGAAACACAAUGCUGUUUGCUUGUUUUAUUUCACUGUGUAUUUAUAAAGAACUAUUAUGACACAUUCCUUAUUUUCACUCCAUGGCGAAAGGAACAGUCACGCCUUCCAAGUGCCUCAUAAAUAUUAAUGGCUGCUUCACGUUUGUCUCCUUUGCUCUGUGACUUUUAAGAGAGCAAGCCCUUAUUUUUCAUAUUUCAGUUUUGUUUGGUCCAAGUUGCUUACGCUUCUGUAAUGGGAUUAAAUGUCACAGUUGGUCCUUAUUUUAUAAUUGGUCAAAUUUGUUAAAGCUAUGCAUAUAAAAGAGGAUGGUGAUGUGUUAAAUUUUCAGUUAUUAUCCCUGUCAAUUGCUCAAAUGCCAUUUUGCAGCAAUUGUGUUUUUUCUGAUUGUUUUUUCAUUAAUGUUUUUCUGCUUUAAGUGCAAAACACCAUGUUUUCUCCUCUUGAGAGAACUUCUAUCUCUUUUAGUGUUAAGGUGUUUAGGCCGUAACGGUCCAGUUAUUUGCCUUGUUGAAGUGCAGCACUACAACGCCGUUGAAUCACGCACAAUACUUGUCUCAUUUAAAAACCCUUACCUGUCACAGAAAGAAGGCAGCUUCUUUAUAUCUGUUCACACAAACAUGAAUAUGUAUUUUGUGGGU